AAGUCGCAGCAUUUUGUAUCUGCCUUGUGAUCGCAAUAUGGUCCAGGAGCUCAAUGCCCUGUCUGGUGAUAGCCGCGAGAGGGCUUCAAGACAGAACGUGAAGGAGAAAAUACGACUGUGGUUUACAAUACGGUCCAUGGUUUGGGUUGCAUGACCACGAUCACACACUAUGGCUUGUCUUUAAUGUAUCGGUGGGCUUACUAUAUGGGUCGUAGUUUCGGUUGCAAAUGACAACAUCCUGGUCUCUGGAGUUCUCACCCGGUGAACACAAAAUCGACGGGAACACUUGAAAAACCACGCGUGGUGCGGCGGUAGGGUUGGCAACUCUUGAGACUUCAAAAAAAACGAAUUUCCUUAAAAUGUCAAAUUAAAAUCACUCGGAGGGUUGGCAACUCGAUGCGGCGGGGACACUUUCAGCGCGGCGGGGGCCUCGAAAGACGCCGAGCGCGGGGCCGUGACGCGCGCUGAUGACGUCACCGCCCAGGCGCGAGCCGUAGGAGCGAGCCGCAGGAGCGGCACAGGAGGCGCCAUGGCGGGACGCGAGGAGGCCGAGCCGGGCGCCCCGAGCCGGAGUCCGAUCUGCACCCAGGGGUUCAUAGGCGCCGCGGCGCUGUGGGUCGCGGCGACGUUGUUCGCACUGCCCGGGCCAAGCGCGGCCACCACGCACUGGGUCGUGACGGAGGACGGACGCAUUCAGCAGCAGGUGGAUUCCCAGUUGAACUUGAAGCACCCCCAUGAUCUCGUGUUGUUCAUGCGCCAGGAGGCGCGUCUGGAGGCCCUCAAGGAGCUCGAGCUGGUUCUUAUGGAGCAUAAAAUUCACAUCGAGGAGAAUGAAGACAAGGACACGCGCCUGGAGGAGCGGCACUAUGCCGAGGAGCCGGCCUGCACACACGCCCGCGUCCCCCUCGGUGACCUGGAUCUCUAUCAUGGCACCUACAUCGCCCUUGAGACCAAGAACAUCCGGCCAGAAGAUCACAUAGAUGUAAAGCACAAGCCAAGUGGUGACUUACUGAGUCCGGACUGCAUGCGUAUCCUGGAGCUCGCCUACAGCAUACACGCGUUUCAGCACCUGCGGGGUGUGCAGGAAAGAGGAAAUCUGAGUGCUCCAUUGCUGUCCCCAGAGGAUCCUGUAUUCCAAGCAUUGCCGCUUCCCAUGGGGACCGGCAGCCUCGAUGAACUGGGGCAUCUGAUUCACCUGGCUUUGCAGCAGAACAAGACGUCCUGGGUGCUUUACAACAUGGCCUCUUACUACUGGCGUCUCAAGAACAGUCCCACGCACGUGGCCGAGUGUGCUAUGAGAGCCCUGCACCUGUCCCCCAGGCCACACCAUGACGUGGCGCUGGUGAACCUUGCCAGCGUGCUGCACCGUGCCCACUACUCGGCUGAUGCCGCCGUGCUGCUGCAUGCUGCGCUACCCAUCUCCAGCGAUCCGGCCACGGUUCACUACACCCUGGGCAACGUCUAUGCCAUGCUGGGAGAGUACAAUCACUCGGUGCUCUUCUACGAGCAGGCGCUCGUGCUGCGGCCCGAGCUGGAGGCUGCGGGGAGGAGGCGCCACGCUGUGCUUUGCCAGCAGGGACUUGAGCGCAAGCUGGAGGCUCAGCACAGGUCCUUGCAGCAGACGUUGAGUGAGCUGAAGGAGUACCAGCGGCAGCACGAGCAGUACGUGCACCUGCAGGAGCAAGUGGAGCGGCACAAAGUCCCGGCUGACCAACAGCUGCUUCACACGAUCCUGCACGAGGCUCAUCUAGCCCGCGACACUCACUCCGGUAACAGUCAGGUGUGUCGGUGGAGCCAGCAACAGAAGCUGCUAGUUUGUCAGUGGGAUCAGCCGGUGCGGUACACGAAAGGGGAGGGAGAAGAUGGCAUCGAGCGCGUGCAGUUUGGGGAAGAGGAGCCAGGAGCUGGCACCACAGCCCUGCCGAGCAGAGCAGAUUCUCUGUCUGGUGAGGGCCUCGUCUCUUCACGGCCCCACCACCAUACAGGACCUCGAUCCAGGAGCCACCACAACCUGCCGGCCAGUGUACAGGGUUUCCUUUGGCCCCAGAGGAAGGAGUGCCUUCAUACUUUUCCCACAACUUCACCUGCUUCAGUUCCACCGAUAUUUUCUUUUCUUCUGGACACCAUGGGAAUGAACCUGACUCAGAUGUUGGAGGAUGUCAUGAACUCUCCUGAAAAGCUACGGUGUGCUAUGGCACACAGCAUGCAAUCAGCGCAACCGGAAUUGCCUGAAGAGACUGCUCACAGAGCAUGCUGCCUCAAGCCGGAGCCUAGGCAUUUCCAGCCCGGCAGCUCAGAAACCUCCGUCACCCACGGCGGUAUAGCCGCUGGGAGAAGAGAGCCGUUAAUUCAGCAGUGGUUGGCGAGACUGUCAAGAGCGAAAGAUAAUGUGACUCGGGCUUUGUCCCUCGCCAUUGACAAGUGCGUAGAGCCCCGGUGGGUCUUCCACGUGCUCGCUGGGCUGCACUGGCGUGGAGAGGGGAAGGCGGUACGGGCGGCCGCGUGCUUGCAGGCCGCAGUGCGUUUGGCUCCCCAGGGCGCACGGCACGUGCCGCUUACGGACCACGCAGCCCUUGCGCUGCACCUGAGCCAGCUGACGGAGGCCGCCCUCCUUCUAAACCACUCACUCAACCACACUGCCGACCAGGCCGCGGCUUUUCUGGUGCUGGGCAACGUGUUGCUGGAUGAUCGGAAGGCAGGUGGAGCGGUGGAAGCGUUUGACCGAGCACUGCAGCUGAACCAGCACUGUGACCUCUGCGGACAGGGCCUGCUCCGAGCCCGUUGCCUGCAGCUAUACCCAACCCUGUACAAGAUCACCACGCUGUCACGAACCGGGAAUUGCAGUGAGCAGAAAGAGAUCCCUGCAACACACAGCACACGAGACAUUGGGGCGGCACUUCCUUCUUCCCUCGUUCAGCAUGGAAGGACAGAACAAGGUGCUGGAAGCCAAAAUGGCACAGGGGAGGAGGUCCACUUGAAGGAGGAGCAAAAGCCAGAAUCAGAGGAGGUGGAUGAGGUGGGGAAACUCAAAGAAGAUGAGCCACAGCAAGACCUUGAGGCCGAAAUGAAAUCUGACAAUUGGAAAACAAGCUUAGAUAUGCAGCCAAGUCAGAAGGAGAGGCUCUUCAAAGUGGAAGGGAAGGAGGGCAUCAUUGCAGGGCCGGAACUCACUCGGAAGGAGACGCAAGGCUUGGAAGAAGAGGCAAAAUCCUCCACACUGGACUCGACUGACGGAAGUACAGAGCAGCGCGGCGCUGACGACUCCAUGGUGGAGGAGCCGCGGUCGGCACUGGGCGACGUCUUGUCCACUGUGUGGUCAGAGAGCGGUUGGUUCGAGGGAGCGCUCGAGGUCAAAGGGCAGCGGGUGGACUUGCAGGGGCUACGCAUGGUUGCUGGCGACUCACAGGCCGGGCCCUGCUUUGGGGACUGUCGCGAUGGAGAUGAAGAUGAGUGGAUAACUGUGCAAGUAAAGCAAUCGCGGAAACAGAAGGAGGCCUGGGGAGACUUUGGUCUAAUUCCGAAGAGAGAGGGAGGUCCCAUGGAAGAGGCAGAGAGAGAGCAGUGGGUGUUUCCUCCAGCGCAGAAGGAUUCUGAACCCCAGCUUAGUGGCCCCGUAAAAACCUCUGCACCUCCAGCUCUCCAGAAAGGACAUUGCAUCCCGCAGAAUGGUGAUAAAGGGCAUCCAAUCAGCAAAGAGCAGCAACCAGAAGCAGCCAAGAACUUUGCGAACCUAGGCUGGCCCAGCACCAAGGAAUGCAUCCGAGUUCGACGUCUCAACCCCAACAUCCACCCUUCCACUUGGGUUCCCCUCACUCUCAAGAACAUCCGUGUGGCGGAACACAUCGACCUGACGUCGCCGCUGCAGGAGCCAUUCUCGGAGCCGGUGUGCAACCCGGCCCUGCCGGCCAGCAUGCACACGCUGGACCACCUGGCCGGCGUAGGCGCUCGCGGCUCCCUCAUGUAUGGAGGAGAGAAGCGUCUGCGAGGGGAGCUGGAGAGACUGGCCAAGGCCUCAUUAGGGGAACGACGUCUGGAGCACGUGGCCACCCGAAUCGCCAGAGCGAUGGAGAAGAAUGACACAUCAUGGGUGUUGGCCAACCUCGCUGCCCUCUACUGGAGGAUCCAGGGCCAGGGGCGACGUGCGAUCGAUUGCCUGAGACAUAGCCUGCACCACGCCCCUCACCACAUGAAGGACGUGGCUCUGGUUAGUCUCGCGAACGUGCUCCUACAGGCCAGGCUGGGGAAGGAGGCUCAGGUCGUGGCUGGCAUGGCAGUGCACAUCUCUCCCAGAAACCCUACCGCACACUGCACGCUGGGCAAUGCCUACCUCGCCAUGGAGGACAGACAAAAGGCCCUGCAGUGCUACGGAUCAGCACUGGCCCUACAGCCAGAAUACCCUACCGCCCUGGAGCGUCUGCGAGCUGUGCAAUGCAACAUCCUUGUCUAUGAAAACCAGUAGGCUUGUGACCUCACCUGGGAUGGGCACUUACCUGUGAUCUCACCUCAGAGGGCCAUUCACCCAUGUUCUCACCUGUGAGGGCCACUCACCUAUGUUCUCUCCUUUGCCCUCAACUGGUAUUGGAAUCAAAUGUGGAGAGUUUGAAACUGCACAACAUGGCGUCUUGGGUUUUUUUGUCAAAUUUGUGUCCAAAAUUUAAACAUAAUCAGAUGUGUAUUAAUCGUAUGGUAAUUACAUUAGAAGAUGAAAUCCCUCUACACACUUGACACAUGCCCUGUAUGGACAGAUGUUGGCUGCACAUGCAGCAGAGCAUGUGGUAUCGAUCCCUGCGUGUCUUGACGUGGGUGAUCGGCAAUGCCUGUGGUGAGUCGAGGCAAAAUUCAAACCUCACAGGGUGAUCAUUUUCAGUUUUUAUUUGAGCAGAAAAUGGCCAAUUCUUUAAAAAAUAUGAAUUUAAUCUAAACGCCGUGAGGUUUAUGUUCCUUGUCAAUUAUAAACCAUCGUGAGGUUCACAAGAAUGCAGAUGGUUGCAUAUUUUACAACACUUGUGGGGAGCUUGGUGAAUCUCAAUAUUGAGAAUAUUUGUGGUACUCAGUGUCCUUCAGACCUUGUAUUUGUACCACGUGGAGAUUAAACACUUUGACUGAUUCA